AUGACAAACAAACGUAGGCCUGUCAAGUCUUCUGCUACGUCAACCACCUGCAUUCUCGAUGAGAAAUACCGUAUCCCAGGCUACCAUUUCCAGCAUUGCAAAGGAACAACACACGAUCGCGAUUUGUGCCUAGCUUAUGGCUACAAAAUUGCAACCAAUGAGUCCGUCAUUGCCAAGAUUUCACUGUCAUCGCUUCGAUUGGAACGCGAGUUUUAUCUCAUGAAGAAGCUAUACCAAUAUGUGGAUGGAUCACACUUUAUUGUGAGGCCAAUGGAGUAUCUUCGGUUGUCAAAUGGGAUGGUGGCAGCUGUCUACUAUAAUGACGACCCUUUUGAAGCGACACAGCAAGAGCGAUCAUCCUUCUUCCCAUAUCCAUGCACCGACUUUGUUCGCUUUCUGCAGUUUGCCAUCCAAUGCACCGAUUGUGUUGAAUUCAUCCACCGAUACCAGAUUGUCCAUGGCCAAGUACGACUUUCAGCUUUUCGACAAAGUAGAGACAACAACAACAACACUAUCAAGCUAUGGGAUGUCAUGGGCCAAUCAUCAAACAAGGAACUAUUACUGAAAAGCGAAGGGUGGAGAAAGGCCGUCAGCAAUGACGACAUUGUUCUUUACAUGAGCCCAGAACAAACAGGACGCACGACGUAUGCAUCUGAUCAUCGCUCUGAUAUCUAUUCACUUGGCAUCAUGUUCUUCGUUCUCUUGACCGGCAAACAUCCUUUUGACGUGGGUGGUGGUGUAUUGGAUAUCCUCAAUGGCAUUCUCAGUCGAAAACCAGUACUUGCUCAUGAGCUGAUGCCCAACAUACCUGAAAUGCUUUCGCGUAUCAUUGAGAAAAUGACACACAAGGUACCAGAUGAUCGCUAUGCUAGUGCUCAUGGAGUCCGAUUGGAUUUGAUUGAAUGCUUCAAGAGGUUGGAUAUCACGAAUCAUCAGAAACCAGCAAUCACACCUUUUCCGCUUGCACAGCAUGACAUUGCAUCACUAUUUACUUUACCCAAAACGGUGUAUGGUCGACAAGCUGUCCUUGAAAAAAUGAGAACGAUCAUUGCUCGUUGUGCUACUCCAUACAGUGCAACGUCGUCAUUUCCAAGCAAGCUGUCAGAUAUCAUCGACUCCACCACCAGCAGUGAGAACAUGUCAACAAUAUCAGAAAGCAACAGUGCGACCAAAUCCGAUGGUGAUUCAAGGAGCGUGUACAGUGGUGCAGAUGUCAAUAGCGAGCAUAUUAUAAGCAGCACCGGGAGCGAGAACCAUAGCAGGGGAUGGAGAAAGGCAAUGAGGACAACCAUGGUGGGCCUUUAUGGACCAGGAGGGAUUGGCAAAUCCACUUUAUUUACAUCCGUACAACCAAUGGCACGACAAAAUGGCUAUGUGGCCACAGUCAAGUUUGAUUCAAGAAACAAGGUUCCUUAUAGCGCACUCCUUCAAGCACUCUCCCAAAUUCUCCAGCAAAUCAUGACAGAGCCACAAGAAGAGAUGCGAAGGUUUCAUCAUUAUCUCAGAGCUUGUUUGGGUGCACGCUUUUCAAACAUUGGGAUAUUGGCAGACUUUGUACCAGAGCUUGGAGCAUUAUUGGAAAGACCCGAUUCAGCAAAACGAGGAGUAUCAUCCAAGAAGGCAAUAGCAACAAUCCAAACCGACAACAUCGAGGCACAAAAUCGCUUUCUCAAUAUGUAUGUCGAGAUCUUCCGAUCCAUCACUUUUUGGAGAAUGAUUACCCUGUUUCUCGAUGAUCUUCAUCAAGCAGAUGACGCAUCUUUGGGAUUACUUGAAGCAUUGACAGCAUCCAAAGUGAACGUGCUUUUAUUCAUGUCUUAUCGAGAUAAGGAAGUGUCGGGCAAGUUUGCCAAUUUUCUUGAAAGCCGGCAUGACACAAUGCAUCUGCUGCAAGUGGGUGCGCUCGACAUGGAGCCAUUGAUCGAUUUAUGUUGCGACGCAUUACGACGAGCACGAGACAAUGACAAUGAUCGUGAAUACGUUCGACCCUUUGCUCAAAUUAUCUACGACAAGGCACGCGGCAAUGCUUUUUAUACCACCCAACUUCUCCAAACAUUUGUACGACGACAUCUCGUUUUCUUCAACUGGGAAACAAAUGCAUGGGACUAUGACUUUCAACAAAUCCAACAAGCUGAUAUCUGUGGACAAGCCAUGAAGGAAAUGGACGUUGCAUUCAUCACAGCUCGAUUACGUGAAUUACCCGAGUCAUCACAGCGAUUGUUGAAGCUUGCUUCUUUUGUUGGAGAUACGUUCUCUUGGAGCACUGUGAGAAGCCUCAUGCUUUAUUGGGGUGACGACAAUGAAACACCAGCAUCAUCAUGUGAAAUUGGCAAAGGGCAACAAGACAAUGAACCCAUGAGCAGCCUGCAAAAUGUGAUUCAGGAAGGUUACAUUGUCCCCAUCGAUGAAGAUAAAUUCAAAUGGAGCCAUGAUCGAAUAUCGCAAGCAGCAUCAGAGCUAGCCGAUCCCAAGACCAAAGGAUCCAUCCAUUUUAUUGUGGCUCGUCACCUUAUGGCAGAGCAUCAAAGUGAUCUCUUUCUUAUUGCCGAUCAUCUCUUAAAGUGCAAGCAUAUACUCUUGUCGCUUCAUAAUAAGCAACCUUAUCGCAAAGUCUUGAUCCAAGCUGGCAAUAUGGGUCAAUCCACUGGUGCGCAUAGCAUGGCCGUCAACUAUUACAACAUGGCAAUUCGAUUAUGCAAUGGAGACGAGGAAUGGAUGACUGAUUAUGACACGACGUUGAGCUUGUACACCAAUGCAGCAGCCCUGAGUUGGAUUGUGGGGAAGCAUGAUCGCACAGAGACGUUAUUGAACACCGUAUUCACAUACGCUAUCACCCCAGUUGAUCGUAUCGCUGCAUAUCACAUACAAGCCAAAUUUUACUUUGGACGUCAGCUAUACAACAAGAGUCGAGCUGCUUUGCUGCAAUGUCUGGUGGAACUAGGCGAUGAGCUCUCCAAAAUGGAUGUUUCGGAUCAGGGUCUCGAGAGGGAAUACAACCAAAUCGAACGACUGCUAGAGGAGAAGGCCAUUGAUGACAUUUUGGAUAUGCCACCUUGCCAAGAUCCUUUGCUAAUUGGUUCAAUGGGUUUGAUGGAUGAAUUGCUGGCAAUUCUUUAUUGGAAUGGUGAUCACCGUGAAAUGUAUUAUUGGGCCGCACGUAUCUUAGUGCUUUCUUUGACCAAAGGAUCAGUCAGCCAUUCUGGUGCUGCUUGUAUGUUGGUGUGCAGUGGCUUUACCACCCUGUAUGGAAAAUACGACAUUGUUGAGAAAUUGGGUACAUUGGGGAUUGCAUUGGCAGAGAAGAAUGGCAAGAACCAAGACAAAGGGCGUGCCUACAAUUUAUAUGCAGCAUUUGUCUUAUUUUGGAAGCAGCAUUAUCGGGAAACGUUUCAAUGGUUUCGGUUGGGUAUUCAAUACUCGAUGGCAGCCGGCGAUGUCAUUUACGGAUCGAUGAAUCAGAUACAUAUUUGCACCCAAAUGUUUUUCCAAGGCCAUCAUCUCACCGACACAUUACGACAAGCCGAAUCAACUUAUGACUCGAUUCAUGCAUGGUGGCCAACAUUUGAUACCAACAGCUUUGCCAUGGCAAUCGUUCGCGUGUGUAAAGCACUCAAUGGGCAAACGUAUAUUGAUACCCCUGAUGUAUUCGAUGGAGAUGAUGGGUUCAGAGACUCGCAAUUCAUCCAGGACAGUAUUUGUCGACAAAGCUCCAAUCCUGAAUCGAUCUUGAAUUGGUAUGAAGCAUUCAAAAUGGUGCCACUGGUUCUCUAUGAGCAUACAGAUACCGCUAUCGAAGUUGGCAGUCGUUCCUUUGUCACCAUUGAUGGCCAUCCAUGUCAUCGUCACACACGCAUGAUGCUUUUUUACUAUUCCUUGGCUCUUUUACAAAAGGCGCGUCAAGAGGAAAGGGGUGAUGAAAGAACAACAUUAUUGGCUCAAGUCAAGCGCAAUCAGGAAUUGAUUAAACCUUGGGCUGAUGCUUCUCCCAUCAACUUUGGGCUGUAUUGGACAACGAUUGAAGCCGAGCUCAUGCAAUUUGAAGGUGGUAGUGCUGAGAACAUGUUCAAAGUGUGUCGGCUAUACGAGACCGCAAUCAAUCAAGCACGUGAAGGAUCAUGGCUAUUGGAGAUGUGUGUGAUACAUGAAUGUGCUGGUGCCUUUUACUAUCGUAUGGAUAUGCAAAAUGUCGCAGUGACUAUGAUCAAGAAGUCAAUAGAUCUUUAUACUUCGCAUGGAUCAUAUGGCAAAGCACGACAAGUUGGUUCGAAAUACGCAUCCCUCCUUGCCAGCUACCUUGAUGACAAUCGUGAGUUACAUGAUGCAAGCAUCCAAACGGAGCACGUGGCACUUUUCAAUGGUGGCAAUUCUUGGAGUUCAUCGCAGGAGAGCAACCAGAGCUUAUUUGGGCAAGAACCUCUCACAGUAUCCACUGGUUCCACGGAGUCAAUUCCUCCCGUGACAUCGGAGCAAACAUUGAUGACUUUGGAUAUUAUUGAUAUGGCAUCCAUACUCAAGAGCUGUCAAGUGAUGUCCUCGGAGGUCAAGUCUGAAGGGCUUUUGACAGCCAUGAUGAAAAUCAUUCUCGAGAACUCUGGAGCCGAUUGUGGUGCCAUCCUUAUCAAGAAUGAAUAUUAUGGAGUAAGCGCCUAUGGAACCAGCAGCAGUCAAGGAGGAGCAGGAAAACAAGAUGAUGUGGAUGAUGCAAAUGGUGUUCAGUACUUUGAUCCACCCAAGCGAUUAUCCGAAUCCGAGACAUUUGUGCCAAGUCGUAUUGUUCAUCACAUGCUGCGUACCAAGGAAAGUCUCUUUAUUCAAGAUGUCGCACAGGACCCACGCUUUGCUUCGGGACCAUGGUUUGAACGAUUGAGUCGAAGGUCAUCAGUCAUUUGCAUGCCGAUUAUGCAUAGAAGCAUGAUGAUUGGAUGCUUGUUUGUGGAAGGUGCAGCGGGAAUCUUUACACGACGCCAUAUUACAGUGCUCGGUCUCCUCUGCCAGCAAAUGGGCAUAUCCAUAUCCAAUGCAAAUCUUUUCACAUCAGUGCAGAGAGCGACAGCUGCCAAGAUGAACAUGAUUGAAAAGCAAAAGCAGGCUCUGCUGGAAGCCAAACGGAGCAAAGAAGCUGCUGAUCGAGCAACACGACUACGUGAGAUCUUUUUAGCAAACAUGAGCCAUGAGAUACGAACACCGUUUUCUGGAUUCUACGGGAUGAUUUCCUUGUUGGCUGGUACCAAAUUGGACAAGGAACAAAAGGAUCUGGUGCAUACAGCAAAGACGUCUUGUUCCUUCUUAUUACAAAUCAUUGAUGAUUUGCUCAAUUACUCAAAGCUGCAAGCUGGCAAAGUCACGUUGGAUUUAUCACCAGUGGUUCUUGAAGAUCUGGUUGCGGAUGUUAUCGAGAUGCUUAUUGUGAUGGCUCUUCAAAAACGUAUCAACAUCACAUAUAGCAUCGCCGAUGAUGUUCCUUCUGUGGUGAUGGCUGAUGGCAAUCGUCUACGGCAAAUUGUUAUCAAUCUGCUGGGAAAUGCCAUAAAGUUUACCCAUAAGGGUGAAAUCUCAAUCCGCUGCUCUUUGGCCAAGAACCAUGGCGACACUAGCAACAUUGCUGAGAAUGGAAACAAGGAUGGAUCAGUCAUGCUACUGUUUGAGGUCGAGGACACAGGCAUUGGUAUCAGUGAAGAACAGCGCAAAAUGCUUUUUGUGCCAUUUUCUCAGGUUGAUGGAAGCACAACACGUAAAUAUGGUGGUACAGGGCUUGGAUUAUCGAUUUGCUCGCAACUGGUGGAUUUGAUGAAUGGCAGCAUUGAUGUGAAGAGCACCUUUGGAAAAGGGUCAACGUUUUAUUUCACGGCCUGUGCGACACCCUUGCCAGAGGAGAUUACGAAGCGUAACAAUGCGAUUGCAGUACGGCUUGCCAAUUUGAGUCAUAUGCGUAUUUUGGUUGCCGACAAUCAUGCAUCCACGGUUGCCAUGGUACGACACAUGUUGCCUGGUAUCCAAAUCGACGGUGUGCAAGACUUGAUGUUAUCGGAUGCGAAUGCCAUAUCAGAUUACAGCUUCGUUCUCAUGGGCCUUUUCUUUGACGAGCAGCACCUGCAGCAUCUGCAAUUGAACAAAGCACGCUAUAUUGUUCGGCUCCAUUAUCCCAAAAACAACAAUGGGGAAGCUACAAUAUCCGAGACCAAGCAUCAUGAUGAUAGGCAACAAUUGCUACGACCAGGAGAUGAAGGCAACAACGUCGAUACGCCCAUUUCCAUGACAGUGCCGUUACGACGACGAAAGUUGUUACGCAUCAUUUCCGAAAUCAUUCAGCGUCAACAACCGGGUAUAUGUACUUCACCACUACCGUGGCCUGAAUACCGACCACCAACUAAACCAACCGGUAGCCUUACGGAGCAAGAGCGAGAGUCCUUCAAAAACAUGCAUAUCCUUGGAGCUGAAGAUAACCCAGUGGCACAGAAGCUAUUAUACAAGCAGCUGACACGACUUGGAUUUCAGGUACAAAUGACCAACAAUGGUUUAGAAGCAGUGGAAGUAUGGCUGUCUCGACCUCCCGGAUAUUUCAAAAUGGGCUUCUUCGAUCAUCAUAUGCCUUUGUGUGACGGCGUGGAAGCAACACGAAGGAUAAGAAAAUUGGAGCAAGACCGUGAUGAGGGUCGUGUCACGACAACCAAUCAUAGCACCACCACCACCUCCACCUCAUUUCCAAUUGUAGCAUUGACAGCCGACAUCCAGGAUAGUGCCAAACACCUCUGCAUGGAAGCUGGAAUGAAUGGUUAUUUGACAAAGCCGGUUGACACCAAAGAGCUCAUAGAAGUAUUAAGAAAGCAUUGCACAUAG